UCACGCACACACACGUACAGACAGGCAGGCACACGGCAUCACCUCAUGAAGAACACUAUGUACAGGACGAGCAAUGCCACUCCACAGAGCUCCACAAUGACGACAGUCUUGGGCAAAUCCAGCAUGUACUGUUGCAAAAUGAUGGCCAGCACCAGCACAGCCGCCAGCAUCGACAUCAUCAUACGCUUCCAACGCUUUUCCGCCUAAUCACAUAGACAGAGAGAGAGAGGGACGUGGACCUGCUGCAUGGGCUGUCGUGAUGAGUUUACCUCUUUGGCAUAGUCCGACAUUCUGAGGGCGAAUCCUGUGGUGGUGAUAUAUUGGCGAUUCUCCGUCACCUGAUGAGAGUGUAAGUAAAUAAGAAGGAAAGGAAGACACAUUGAUCAGGGUUGGGGGGGGGGAGGCGUCGCUUUACUGACUGCGGGCAGGUGUGGGUCUUUGUUUGGCUCCUCGCGACCUUUGCCAACUGGGGACUGGGUUGCCUGCACGUACACGGGCAUUAGUGCGCUCAACUCGCUGUGUCUCCGUGCCUACCAUGAGCUUCGGGACAAUCGAGAUCUCAACGUGAACAUCCCCUCUCGCCUGCUGUGGGUAGGCCGGAUGGGUCAUGCGCAGCCACGCCUGAGGCAGCUUGACUAUGUCUUUCCGUUUUCGGGCCUGGCAGACACGCGGCAACAAGUAGCCAUGCUCCACGAGAAACCACGGUCCCCUUGACCUUGAGCAGGUCGCCGCCGAGAUCCACUGUGCACUCGCUCAGGGCGUCGUUUGCUGAGAUUAUAUUGCGAUUCCACACCUGGCGACCGAUACAGAAGGAUGACAAGUCACCAGUCUCUCUCUGGCUGUGUCUCUCACUUGGAACUUGAGUGUAGGAAAUUUCGGCGGCACGUCGACCAUGAAGACGAACCGCCAAUUGAAGGUCGCGGUCCCAUCCUGAAUGCAAUGAGAUAAAGCCGAUUGCUUGCGAGGGCGGCCGGUGUGUCUCAUCUUGCCUGCGAGUUCCAGUGUGUGUCGGUGUCUUGAUCGACUGUCUUGCCGUCGUCAUUGGUGAAAAUGCCCCGUACGAACACGGACACAGUCUUCUGGCUGUCCAGGGGGAUGUUCUGAUGGCACAAGGCACCCAGGCAUGGCCAUCGGGUGUGACAAAUCGGGCUCGCCUCACCCUGCAUUUCCACACAACGAUUCGUAUUUGGAAGGGCUCUGCCUCCUGAGACAUCAAACUCUCCACAGGCCUUCGGCAACAACCCAAGAAGCGCACACAUUCAUCAGCCGUCUUUCUUUGUGUCCUGUCGGGUGUCACCUAAGCUGCGCAUCUUCAGCUGUGAGCACCUCACACCAGCCGCGAAAGGUGCCGUGGCUGAGUAAUGACCCGUCUGUGAGGAGCUGCCGCUCUUCUAUGGGUAUCUGUUUGUCGCUCUGCAUCAGCUGUCUCCACCGUGGGUGGAACCACCGAUCCUCCAGGUCUAUCAAUGUGCGGCCGAUGGCCUCGUCGGCGAGGGAGCCCGACGUCCUGUGAACACAGAAGCGCCAAUCAGCAGAAUACGUGCGCGAGGGCGGGCUUUGUUGCUUACCUAUUCAUGACAGAGACGCUGAGAAGUGUGCACUCUGGGAAAAAGCAGUCGAGCUGGUAGCAUUUGUUGAACUCUGGAUUUCUUGAAAGCACUGCGUUGCUUGAAUCGCGGACCGUGUGGAAGCCCUCCAAGUGCUCUGGGCCGUUCGUCAGCCAUAGAUAAGCCCUGACAAGCAGGCAGACAAGCAAUCGAUCCCAUUGCUACUCAUCCUUUCGUCUCACCUUGGGUCUCUCACGGCGCUGCGGGCCAGGAGGCUGUGUGCUGAUAAAGCGUAUACACGGACAGUGAGGUUCUUGGCCUCCUCAAUAGCAUUCUUCAGAUCUUCGAUCUUAGACUUAUCUCUGAUAAAAGGACCAGCCGAGGAAGGAUUGACAAGCCUUCCGUGAGUUGUACGCCUUCUGCCCACCUUCUCAUCCCCUCUGGCACGACCUGGCAGAUGAACUUGAGGUACCCCACUGUCUCCGGCUCUCCAAUCACAUUGGCCUUGAAUAUCGGCACCGUCGUAUACGGCAGCUCAUUUGCAUCGAGGUCGCGCUCCAGCUCGCAUGUCAUUUCCGGCCGGUCGUCAGCGAUGGCCGUGUCAUCGUCCACACGCCACUCGAAGUCGGCUAAAUCAUCGGCGAGUGCGGAUGUGAUGCCGAAGUCCGGCAUUUGGUUGUCUGGGAAGACGGCCUCGAAGUGGUCAAUGUGGUAUGAAUGCUGGUUCAGCAUGGCGGGGUUUUCGAGGGGAAUCUGUAGGGUGGGGUCGCGAGCUCGAAGGGCUUCGAUGGUGCCCUCCUGCUGGAAAGAAAAGAGCAGUGAAGAGGGAAGUGCAGCAGUAGGUGGUGUCGCCUGUUACCGUUUCUUCAUCACUGUCGGCCUCUGCCGUCUGCAGGAGGAUCGACAACAGGCUUGACGGGGGUUGCGUCUCCAUGUGUUGCAUUUCUUACAAAGGACAUGACUGUGGAGCGUCUUUGUCUGGUGCGAAAGAUGGAGGCGCGAGAUAUCUCAUUGCAAGCCAUUCGCUUCUCGAUCUCAUGGAUCUCGUGUGAGGUCAAGUGGCGAAAGUCAUCCCGCAG